CUGAUUCUCUGGCUAGUUAAUCUCUAUGUUCUCUUUCUAUUCUUACUUCCUUUCUGACACUGGCCAUGCGUGCUUUCUUUACCAGAACUGCAAUAUUUAGUUUGUUUUGUGGUUGGAUUUUAGGAGGGUUGCUGUAGAAGUGUUUGGUUUUUUAACUUGUGAGGGAAAAAUCUGAUCUUGGUUUUGUUUAGCAGACUGGUAUUGAAGAUAACUUUUUAGCUGGAAAUUGUGUUGGUGGGAUGGAUUCUUUUCUGGAUUUGGCUUUCUUUGGAGAUAAUGAAUUGGAAAUCUUGUGUUGUUCAGUUUUUUUAUGCCUACUCCUCAGCUCUAACUUCAUGUUUUUGAAUCUCGCUGAUCAGUAGAGUACUGUGAUGGCAUGCACCUUUAAGCUGAGUUUAUUGUGAAAAUUCCUUGAUCAUAUCUAAUAUUUCAAGUUUGAUUUUUGUUGCUACUUAAUAUAUUUGUGCCAUUAGGCAUGGAUUAUCUGGAUUCAAGACGAAAGAGCAGAUGUGCUGGAAAAAUUAUUGCAGCUGCGCUCUGCAUUACAGUAUGCAUUAUCAUCCUCAAGCAGAACCAGUCACCUACUUAUAGCAGCCUCAGCUUGUUCUCCCAGCAUGAGCUCGGCGUAACGCAUGUCUUAGUGACUGGAGGUGCUGGGUAUAUUGGCUCUCAUGCUGCACUUCGACUCUUGAAGGAUUCAUACCGUGUAACUAAAGUGGACAAUCUUUCUCGAGGGAAUCUGGGUGCUGUUAAAGUUCUCCAAGAUCUAUUUCCGGAGCCUGGGCGGUUACAGUUCAUAUACGCAGACUUGGGAGAUGCAAAAGCUGUAAACAAAAUCUUUGCUGAAAAUGCAUUUGAUGCUGUGAUGCAUUUCGCUGCUGUUGCAUAUGUUGGUGAAAGUACAAUGGAACCUCUCAGAUAUUAUCACAACAUCACAUCAAAUACCUUGGUAGUUUUAGAAGCAAUGGCAGCACAUAAGGUGAAGACAUUGAUUUAUUCUAGCACUUGUGCAACUUACGGCGAGCCUGUUAAGAUGCCGAUUACAGAACAAACUCCUCAGCUUCCAAUCAACCCCUAUGGAAAAGCCAAGAAAAUGGCAGAAGAUAUCAUAAUUGACUUCUCAAAAACCACUGACAUGGCUGUCAUGAUCCUAAGAUACUUCAAUGUUAUUGGGUCUGAUCCAGAAGGAAGAUUAGGGGAAGCUCCGCAACCUGAACUUCGUGAGCAUGGCCGAAUCUCUGGCGCUUGUUUUGAUGCAGCUCGAGGAAUAAUACCAGGACUAAAACAGAGAAUCACAAUUCAGUGGAUAGACUAUAAAACUGCUGAUGGCACGUGUGUACGGGACUAUAUCGAUGUCACUGACCUGGUCGAUGCCCAUGUGAAAGCUCUUGCCCAUGCAAAGCCUCGAAAAGUUGGCAUUUACAAUGUUGGAACUGGAAAAGGUAGAUCAGUGAAGGAGUUUGUCGAGGCAUGUAAGAAGGCAACAGGUGUGGACAUAAAGGUUGAAUACCUCAAUCGUCGGCCAGGAGACUAUGCUGAGGUCUUCAGUGACCCUUCCAAAAUAAAACAAGAGCUAAACUGGAAAGCUCAAUAUACUGACCUUAAGAAGAGUUUGCAGAUUGCAUGGAAAUGGCAGAAGUCACAUUUGAAUGGUUACAGUCACAGUUAAUUGCACUAUAGAAACCUUUGCUAGAGUCAUCCGAUUAAGGUCAAACACACAUUUCUUAUAUUCCAGGAAUCGUACACAGAAUUUUGAAGGUCUGAGAAGCUGUAGGAAACUUCAAUAAUGUAAAGAAAGAAGAGUCUGAUAUACUUCGACAUAUCCAUAGAUAGAGAUGUAUAGGAUCUUGUAGUUUCUCAUUAUAUUCAUACAGGCACAAAGGGGUUCGACAGGGAAGUCGUUUCAAUCCAAUCCUUGGUCAUAUCAGUAAAUGUUGUCGUUAGUAUAGCUGGGUUAAAAUCACAAGUUAUUCUACUCCUGCACAGGUUUGGAAUAAAAUCUCAAUAGAUCUGUAAAUAAAAGGACUUGGUGAUUGCUGCAAUGCAAAUUACGAUGCAUAUACAUAGUCA